CACACAUAACCAAACCAUCAACAAUCAAUAUAGUUCGCAAGCAAUCCAUCAACAACCACAUUCAGAGAAAACGAUAUAUAUCUAUUUGUCGAUAUUUUCUUUUAAUUUUAUCUGAAAUAAAUCGAUUCUUUUUUCGAUCAGUUAUCACCGUCGAUAUGGCCAGCUUUCAGGAUCGUGCGCAGCACCAGAUUGCGCAGCUUGACAAGGAGCUCUCCAAAUACCCUCUCCUCAACAAUCUCGAACGACAAACCUCCGUGCCAAAGGUAUACGCCAUCCUCGGCGUUGUCGGAAUCUACUUCUUCCUUGUCUUCUUCAACAUUGCUGGUGAAUUUCUGGUCAAUUUUGCCGGUUUCUUGAUUCCGGGUUAUUACUCGUUGAAUGCUUUGUUUACAGCUGGUACCGCUGAUGAUACUCAGUGGUUGACUUACUGGGUUGUGUACGCUUUCUUGACUGUUAUUGAAAGUGCUAUCAAUGCCUCUUACUGGUUCCCUUUCUACUACAUCUUCAAGUUCGUCCUUGUUCUCUGGAUGUCCCUUCCUCAAUUCAACGGCGCCCAAGUCGUCUUCCACUCCUUCAUCCAGCCCUUGUUCGCCCGUUUCUUCUCUAGCGGUUCGACCUCUUCCAACUUGAAGGCUCAAGCCGAAGCUGCCAGCAAGACGCAGUAAAUUCCUGCAUUGAACUCGAGGAAUCCGGACAAUCAAUCAUAAUGAAUCGAUCUUCUGUUUCAUUCAAUGGACUACUCUUUCGGCGUUGGAGUGGGCAACUCGGAUGUCAAGAAAAGCCUAGUACGGCAUCUUUGUUUCUUGGUGAGAGCUGGUAUGGUCAUGAUUAUGUUAUGGUGGAGAGAUAUAGAGACCCGGAGUUCUGCAAACUUUACAGGCUCCGUUUAUUUUGAAUUUGUGUGGAUUUUGCUUCGUGAUUUAUUCUGUCAUGAGCGUGUUGAUCAUGUAUGAGACUUUUUCAAGUACUGUAUGAAAGUUUCCCAGCAGCGGUAGCGAAAAUGCUUGCUGUUUCGCGAGGAUGAAGUAUUGAGUUGAGUGUCGUUGAAUCAUGCUUCGUGUCUUUCGUAAUGAUGUAAAUUAUUUUCGUUGAUGAGAGGACCUUGAAAUACCCGUCUAAUCCGCCAACGGAUUAUGCCGUAUUAUCGCAUAUACCCUGGUCCAGUAGACGAGGAAUAGAAGUGCAAACUUCAAUACAAACUAAUACGAUUCCCCCAACUGUCCGUUCGGGGAUUGAGGACAAUUCGAUACGGGAACGGAUUCGAGUUGCUUGUCGUAAUUGGUGGUAUAUGAUCUUUAUCCCGAUUAACAUUCGU